AUGACGAAGAUGAAGAAAGAGGACAUUGAAGGCCUGGGACCCGUCUCAACACACUCGCAAAACGGCCAGGUCCUGGAGGACCCCAACUCGUCCUACGAUGCCGUCUUCGGCGAGAUCAAGGAGGGUGGCCCCAACUACCGUAAUGUUGGCUGGAAGGGAACCGUGGCUCUCAUGAUGAAGACCCAGAUCGGUCUGGGUGUUCUGUCCAUCCCCAACGUCUUCGACGUCCUGGGCAUCGUGCCGGGCGUGAUUGCCCUGAUCGGCAUUGCCGCCAUCACGACGUGGUCCGACUACAUCGUCGGUGUCUUUAAGCUCCGUCACCCCGAGGUCUACGGUAUCGACGACGUCGGACGCCUGCUGUUCGGCCGAGUCGGACGCGAAUUCUUCGGAAUCGUCUUCUGCCUCUACUGGAUCUUCGUUGCCGGUUCCGGCAUGCUCGGUGCCUCGAUCGCGCUCAACGCAGUCUCCAUGCACGGCGCAUGCACUGCCGUCUUCGUUGCGGUGGCCGCCCUCAUCGGGUUCGGCUUUGGAAGCAUCCAGACGCUGGGGAAGAUUACCUGGUUCGCAUGGAUCGGCCUCAUCUGCAUCUUGUCUUCGAUCUUUGCCGUCACCGUCGCCGUAGGAGUCCAAGACCGACCGGCCGCCGCGCCCCAAGAGGGCCACUGGACCUCCGACUACAAGAUAAUCGGGAGCCCGACUUUUGCCGAGGCCUCGUCGGCGCUGUCCACCCUGGUCUUCGCCUUCGCCGGCACGCCGGCCUUCUUCUCCAUCGUGUCCGAGAUGCGGGACCCCCGCCACUACACCCGCGCCCUGAUCAUCUGCCAGAGCGGUGUCACGGCCACCUACAUCGCCAUCGGGUGCGUCGUCUACUACUUCUGCGGCUCGUUCGUCGCCUCGCCCGCCCUGGGCUCGGCCGGCGCCACCAUGAAGAGGAUCUGCUACGGCCUCGCUUUCCCCGGCUUGAUCGUGACCACGACUCUGGUUAUCCACCUUCCCGCCAAGUACAUCUUCGUCCGGAUGCUGCGUGGAUCCCGGCAUUUGACCGAGAACACGAUCAAACACUGGGGCAUCUGGCUUGGUUGCACCUUUAGCAUCACCGUGAUCGCAUACAUCAUUGCCAGCUCCAUCCCUGUUUUCGACGGCCUCGUGUCACUUGUCGGUGCGCUCUUUGGCACGCUCCUGUCCUUCCAGCCCAUGGGCUGCAUGUGGCUGUACGACCACUGGACCGAGGGCAAGUUUGAGAAGAGGCCGAGGUGGAUUGCCAUGGUCUGCUUCAGCGUCUUCGUCGUCGUCAGCGGUACCUUCCUAAUGAUUGCCGGAGCCUAUGGCUCGAUUGUCGGGAUAUUGGACAGCUACAAGGUGUCCGGGGGCUCGGCGGCAUUUUCCUGCGCCGACAACUCCAACUCUGUCUGA